AUGACGCUCUACGACGUAGCGUACCGAUGGCACCCUGAUAGUGCGGCGUUGCUGGAGCUUCUGCUACGACGCGGCGCCGUUUCAGGAGCGCUGGUGUUACACGAUGAGGUGGUCUCUCUUGUCAUCACGGAGGAGGAGGAGCGUGAGGACGUGAUGGAACGCGAGCGUUCUUCCCGUGCGUUGCUGCACCAUGGUGAAGGAACAGAGCGUGCACGAAUUCAACGGCAGGACUAUGAGCGACGGAAGCUGUUUGGAAAGGAGAAGCGAGAACGCCAUAAGCGUCUCGACAAGGAGGCGUCAGGGUGGAUGUCGCUCAUGGAAAAGGAGAAAAGAUGCGCGAGACGCAUCGCUGGAGACCGCGCGGCGCGAGAGUGCUGUGCUGCCGAGCUGCAGCGCAUCGGGAGGGGCUUUCUGGCACGAAGUUCUGUCCACAGAGUGUUGCUUGGGAGGAACAAGAUGCGACUGCUUGCUGAAAAGCUAGCGGAGACGACUGCUAUCGCCGCGCUGCACAUGGCAGAGGUGGUCAAGGUGGAGGAGAACGUCUCCCCUGGUGCCAAAUCGGAUGGGGAGCUACCGAUACUGGCGGCGCCUUCUGCUGCUCAAGAGGUUCCGCUUCGCCGGCUUCCUGAGGCGCUUCUUGUGUACCUUCAGUCCAUGGUGAGAACGCGUCGAGCGAGGCGCCAUUAUCUACACGUAAGACGCAUGACGACAAUUCUGCAGAGGGCGUGGCGGCGUCACCACGCCCGGGUCGCCCGCCGACGGCAGCAGGCCGCUGACGUGCUGCUCAGUGCGGUGAGGAGAUAUCAAUUUAGCAAAGAACGCGGCACGCUGGUGGAGAACCUGUUGCUGAUGCGCAUCAAGGUGAUGCUAGGAGAGGUGACGCGGCUCUUGACGGGGCUGGUGUGGCGGGAGAACUUUUGCAGCGUGUUCCGCGAUAUCGUUUUCAUUCAGAGGCGUCGCUUGCCGCCCCCACCGGUGCGGCUCUCGCGCUUUCGCCGGCUGCAGCUGCUCGCCGCUAGGUUCGAGCGGUUCGUGUUGCUGGCACAGUUUGCGGCGAGUCUUUUUCUCCUUAUUUACAUGGGGUACGCUCCGCGCACCAGUGCUUCGCAGGUGCAUAACAAGGUGGACAUGGCCUUGCUGUGCGUGGAGCUUGUGCUGAUAUGCUGUCUCCCCUUGUGCUGGUGGCGUUUAUGGGACGUUGCAGUUGUCGUCACCGCGUUGAUCUGCGCCGCGGCAAGCUGCUACGGCGGGGCGAUUGUGAUUACGCUUUUCACACUCAAGCUCCCGUUCGUGGUGCGUCAGUUUGUGCCUCGCCACUCAGGCACGUGCACGUAUUGCCGUACCAUCGAAUAUUCUGUGGUGUAUCUGCUGAUGUUUGUGCCCUUUGCUGUUGCCGGGAUCGGCUCUACCGUGCGUAGCACCGCUGUAAAUCAUCUCCUGCUCACGAGUGGAGGCAAUUGGGGUCGCGUUUUCCUGUCUCUUCUCAGCACAGUGAGCCCGCAGCACACUGUGCUGCUUCUGGUCUCCCAGGGGAACACGAGUCCGGACAUCGAUUCUCUGUUGCCGCUGCGUGCGCAGCAGAGCCGCUACGUCCUUCCAGACGGCGAUGUUCUAUUGCGGCUGCAAAUACCGCUGGUGCAGCUCAUCGUGUUCCGCGCUGUCAUGUGUCUUUACUGGUGGUCGGGGGUGAUUGUCGGUACCCACAACGCGAUUCGGCAUCACUACGACAUUAGCGACGAGACAAAGCUCAAGUCGAACAAGCAUCGCUUUCGCAACGAGGGCAAGGAGGAACUCUUUGACGCCCAUCGCGCGGCCACCAUCGAGGCCCUUGGGCAGCAGCUCGACGGUGUGAUGUGGGAGGACGACGUGCGCGCUGCCAAGGAGGCCAUCGAAGCUUCUCACUACGACCAUAACACUAAUAUCAUGGUGCACCGGUUUGUGCGCCGUGUCCAAGACACGCUAGACAGCCAGGGAGGCGCGAUACUGAGCGCGCAGGCGCCGCAGCGGUCUGCGCCCGUGACGAAGCCGACGACAAAGGACGCUUCAAGGUGGGACUGCCGCAACGAGGAUCCGUAUUCGCGUGGCACGUAUGACAUUGGGGUGGUGGAGACGGCGCUUGGUAUGAUUGAGCGCAAGGGCCUGGGCGAACGGUUCAUUGAGCGGCAGUGGACUGGUGCGCUGCUGCGAAAGGAGAUGAACUGGGUGCUCAUUGGCAUGCUGGUUAUGGCGUCUGUCAAGCCUAACCUGUUCGCCAUGGAAGCGGCGUUCAGCGCCGUCUUUGCGGUGGAGUUGGCCUUGUCGCUUUACUUUCUCCGGCUCGAGUUCAUCUUCUCCCACUACGUGCGGCUCAUGCUUCGGGUGUUCUGCGUGGUUAUUGGAUUUGUUCCUCCUGGCAUCCCGUUUGUCGCUUUUAGAAGCCUGCGACUUGUGGAGGGGUGGUCACUUCUGUUCAGCGUUCCGGGCAUGGUGCGUUGGGGCAUGGUCUACCUCGUCGCCUCGUUCUUCACGAUAUGGAUGAUCUCCUACGUGGCCGCCCUGCAGUUCCUCGCGGCAGCAGAGCUGCAGAUGCGGCCCUCCAUAUGCUCGAGCAAACGCGAAUGCCUAAAGAUCUCGCUACGGGAGCUUAUUCUGCCCGCCUUCACGCCAGAGCAUAUUGACCCGCUCUCGGAGGCACCUGUGAUGGCGAUGCUUGUUUUUUUCACGCACUUCUGCUUUGCGCCGUUCCUGCUCGCCAUCAUGCUGCACCCCCUUUUGCGCUUGUCCAACUUCAUUGGGCGUUUCUUGCGUCUCGUGGUGCAAAGCCUUCACAAAGACGUUCUGGACUACGUCGAAAACUACCUGGAGGGCGCGUCUUGGUACACCCACUGGGGUCUCAAGGCGAACAUCUCGGUGGAGGUCAUUGUACGGAUGAAAAUGUGGCUCAACGACUUGAGACGCCGUCGCGUCAGCGCUGUCUGGGGCUCGUCGCCCAGCAGCGUCACGAUCUCAAAUCAGUACACGCUGCAGAAAACGUCCAUGAAGAGAUACGAUCCGGUCGUGGAGAAGGAGUGUACGGCGCUGACGGAGAUCAUCUGCCGCGGCGAGUUCGCUUCUUUGGAGGAGAACAUCGCGCAUGACCGCCUCAGUGGAAACCCGGUUACACAGUUUCUGAGUCUCGUUGUCGUCCGCAACGUGUGUGUGCACUACCUCAAUGUUGCUCUCACCUUUGCUUCCAUAGCGUUUCUGUGGGUCGCCGACGCGUCGUUGGACGGCGGCAGCGUUCUCAUCGUCGUUUCUUGUGUGGUUCACCUGUUGAGCGUUGCGGUGUCGAUUGUAGUGAUCCCGCGUGAUUCGACGGCGAUCAUGACGCUGGUGUCGGCGUGCGCACUUUUGUGUGCUGUUGUGCUUGUGCUCGUUCCCGACCGGCGAUUCCGUACCUAUUACUGUGUGCGAUUCUUCUCACUGCUACGCAUUGGACAGCUGCAGGUGUUUCCUUUUUGCGAGAUGAAACGGGCGGUGAAGAUGUAUAUUGGCUCGGCCGUCAAGAUUCUCUUCCCGGUCGCGGUGAUGGGUGGCGCUGCAUACAUGGCAGAGCUGCUUCGGGCGCAAGUGUUCAUGGUCCGAUUCAAGCCUCUUGCGUGGAUGAACAUCAACUGGAGUAGCCCAGCAGAGGUGGAGGCUUUGCGGUCCAACGUGUCCUACCCGGAGUUCCUGGCAGCCACGCCCCGUAGCCGCACUUCGUGGCCGAACGUCAAGGAGACGUCUGCCCUGUUUGUUGCGUACUUUAGCGAAGACGCGUACAUCUUUUACUCCAUCUACUGUUUUUGGGUGCUGCCUGGUAUCUGCAUCUCGACAUGUCUGUCAUAUCUCUUCUGGGUAGGCACCAACCUGAGAGAUACGAACCGGCUCAUGGUGGACAUGAUCCCUCUGCUAGAGGAUCCGAUUGCCAUGUCUGGCUUCAGCUGGUAUCAAUGGCUCUACCGCUACGUAGGGAACGUGAUUCUGCUGGCGAGCCUUGUGUUCGGCUGCAUCUUCAGCCCCACUACCGCAGCGACCUCGGAUGACCUUAUCUUCUUCUUGGGGUUUGAGAUGGCUUUCACCUUCUGCGGGCUGGCCGAGGCGAUCAUGUCGUGCUCCUUUGCGGUGCACCGCUGCGCGCGGUCUAGCGUCAGCUGGCGGACAUGCCAGGAAGACGGCAAACACACGUACGUGCUUUCCGGCGACUGCGUUUUUCUGCUGUGUGAAGUGCUUCAGCUUCUCUACUACUGCGUUGCUGUGGCGCUGUGCUCGACGCUUUUGGUAGAGCGCAGUGGCUGUCUCAUAUCCCCAGACGAGUACGCCACCAUCUUUGUCACGAUUCGCUUUGUGUUUCUGCUUCGUCUCCUGAGCCGCGAGUUUUUGCUGCCGCUGAUGCGCCACUUCUUCUCGAUGUCUAGAAGCGUUGCAGGCAUCGUAGUCUACUUUGUCGCCUGCGCCAGUGCAUUGGCAGAUGUGUAUGCGGCAGAAACGCGCACUCGGUACACACCCGCGACGUGGUGCGCCGCGUUCGACACCAUAUUGCGCCUCGCCUUCACCUCGGCUAUCCCUGCGAACUUUGAGCGCUACUGGCAACCUUUCAACAGCACUGCCGUCGCGUCGGCGAUGAAGAACAACUCGACCACGCUGGAUGUGAUCACGGAGCACUACACAACGUCGCGCCUGGCCUUUGUGCUGGCCGUCAUUGGAAAGGCAAUAAUGGCCAGCGUCGUGGGCCUCUUCGUCGGUUCUGUGACCACAACGGUGCGCACUGUUUUUCUGCAUCUGCUACCGGCAAAGAGCUUGUUGCUCUACCGGACGCUGUGUGGUGGUCUGAGCGAGCUGUUGAGGUUCGGCAUGCAAAAUCAUGACGACAUGCGGCCCCAGACACGCCGCCGUAUUCAGGCUCGCAAGUUCAGGCGCAUGUUUAUACCCGAAGGAAUCCCGUCGUGGUCGGUGCCGCAUCUGCUGGAGGAGCUGGGCAUCUGCCGGCCUGUUCGGCAGCGCCGGUUCAUGUACGCCUUGAUGAGGCUGUUGGAGUACAUGCCGACGAGUGAGAAGCGGCAGGAGCGGGUGCGCGAGUACAUGCAUGUGUGGGACACCUACCGCUGUGGCGGACCGGCUCAUCUGCUCUUCUCCGAGCUCCCUAUUUACCCUCCCGCCACUGCGUCGCAGCGAAGGCUGAACCCAUACUACCCUUCUUCUUCACUUGCAACGAUGCGGCGUGACUGCCACAUUGCCCCGCUGCGGCUGGUGCAAGCCCUGGCGAUCUUUGAGCUUGGGUUUCCGGCAGACUCGUCUGUGGGCUCGAAGCUGUGGAUGGAUUUUUUCUCGGUGGUGCAAAAAAUGCGCGGGGCGACGUUGCUGCAGUCUCUGUGGCGGAUGUACCGCGAGGAGAAAGCGUUUGACACGGACACAAGCCGCACUUCGUACGAGCGAACGCUGAUCACGCACGUGCGCCGCGGGCUGCGGAAGCAGAAGCUGCGCAGCCAUAUCCGCUUUCUGAGCUUUGCCUCCUUUCAGGAGGCAAUGUACUACGAGCGCGAGGUGUUCAACCCAAGCACUGGUCAUUUCGACUUGCUGAAUCGCUUGCGUGGGCAUUUCAGCGGACUUAGCGCUUCGCCGGAUUUUUGGAAAACGGUGCGCUAUGCUGAGAGUAAGCUGGCUGCCUAG